AGCCGUGCCCGCAGUGUCAGUCAGUCAGUGACGCCACGCACUUGCCCGUACACUGCCAGUCCGCCUGAGAUAUUUUCCUCUCUCUCUCUCUCUCUCUCUGCGGGGUGAGCGAGAAACCGGGAACGAUGCUGCUGCGGAGCGCGUCCUCGCCGCUGCUCAACGCGGCGCGCGUGCCGACGGGGGAGCAUGUACUGGGGCACGGCCACCUCGCGGUGGCGUCGCCGGCGGGGCACCAGGGGCCGAGGCAGCAGGGGGCGCUGUGCCGCGCAUUGUCCGAGGCCGAUCUGCUGGCGCCGGUGCAGCUCCCGGCCGCGAGGAGCUCGCCCGCCUCCGCCUUCCUCGAGGAGUUGGGCGAGGAGGGGGCGCAGGAGGAGGACGAGGACGUGGUCGGGGUGGCGGCCCUGCCGCUGCGCCGGCUGCUGACGAGCGCGGGGCUGGACGCGGCCGUGGGGCGGGACGACUACGAGGAGGAGGCCGGCGCCGGCGGAGCCCUGGCACUCCUCGAGGGCGUCGGGGGAGGCGGCGGGCGCGGGAGGGUGUGCGGCGGCUGGCAGGGCGGCCGCGGAGGGGACGGCGACGGCGACGGCCGUGAACGCGGCGCCACUGACGCGCACUACCGGCGGAUGAUCAGGGCCAACCCGGGCAACUCGCUGCCGCUGGGGAACUACGCCAGGUUCCUCAAGGAGGUGCAGGGGGACGCGGCGAGGGCGCAGGAGUACUGCGAGCGCGCCAUCGUCGCCAACCCCGGCGACGGCGACGCCCUGGCCAUGUACGCGGGCCUCGUCUGGGAGACCAGCCGCGACGCCGAGCGCGCCGACGCUUACUACAGCUGCGCCGUCCAGGCCGCGCCCGACGACUGCUAUGUCCUGGGAUCCUACGCCGGGUUCCUGUGGGACGCCGAGGAGGAGGACGAUCUCAACGACGGACAGCCGGCGGCGUCGCCGCCGUUCUAUGGGGCAGCGCAGCCAUCCUCCAUUAGAGCGGCCUCUUAGAUGAAGGUCCAGUCUCGCUGCCAGUAACCAAGCUCCAUUCGGAAGAGCGACGGGAAGCCGCUGCCGUCACCGGACCGGUCGCGGCAGCUCGUAGUAGACUGAAUAAACCCAAGUCCAGCUACCUGUGUGCAAGAUGAAUCUGGAAGAGUACGCUUCUAAGGUUGGUAGGGUCUGCAGCACCGUAGGAUAAAUAUCUAGCCUAAUAAGGCUUUGCUGUGCUUGUACAUGUAGAACGUUCCUUAUAACAUUUUAUAUGUACUGCUGUA